AUGGACAAAGACGACAGAGGCGGCGGUCCGUUGACCGACGUCGAGUCCAAGCACGCUGGCGAAACCUUCCCCCGCGAUGUCAACUUUGCGACCCUCAGCGGCGACGCGAACGACCUAGUCAACCAGCAUGACCAGCUGCAGCGAGGUCUCAAGAGCCGACACAUUCAAUUCCUGGCUCUAGGUGGCGCCAUCGGAACCGGCCUCUUCGUCGGCUCGGGCAGCAUACUCUCGACCGUCGGCCCCGCGCCGCUCUUCAUGGGCUACCUGUCCAUGAUGAUGGUCGUCUGGAACAUCAUGAAUAACCUCGGCGAGAUGGCUACCUACCUCCCGCUCAAGGGCAUAUCGAUCCCCUACUUUGUCGAGCGCUUCGUCGAGCCCAGCCUGGCCUUCGCCGCCGGCUGGAACUACUGGUACGCCUACGCCAUGCUUGUCGGCGCCGAGGCCUCGGCCGGCGCCAUCCUCCUCGACUACUGGAAGAGCCCCGUCCCCCCGGCCGUCUGGAUCACCAUCAUCCUGCUCGUCACCCUCGCCCUCAACAUCUUCGCCGUCGAGGUCUUUGGCGAGGCCGAGUUCUGGUUCGCCAGCAUCAAGCUCAUCACCAUCCUGGGCCUCAUCCUCGUGAGCUUCGUCAUCAUUCUCGGCGGCGCUCCCGACGAGGGCCGCAUCGGCUUCCUCUAUUGGUACGAUCCCGGCGCCAUCAAGCCCUACCUCGUCGGCGGCGACACCGGCAGGUUCCUGGCCUACUGGACCGGCUUCGUCCGCGCCGGCUUCGCCUUCAUCACCUCCCCCGAGCUCAUCGCCCUCGCCGCCGGCGAGACCGUCGCCCCCCGCCGCAACAUCCCCAAGGCCGCCAGCCGCUUCGUCUGGCGCCUCGCCAUCUUUUACGGCCUCGGUUCCCUCAUGAUCGGCGCAAUCACCCCAUCCGACGACUCGAGGCUCCUCACCCCCACCUCCAACGCCGCCUCCUCGCCCUGGGUCAUCGGCAUUCAGCGCGCCGGCAUCGGCGGCCUCAACCACGUCAUCAACGCCGCCAUCCUCACCAGCGCCUGGUCGGCCGGCAACGCCUUCCUCUACUCGGGCAGCCGUAUCCUCUACAGCCUGGCCCUCAACAAGCAAGCCCCCCACUUCUUCACCCGCACCACGAAGCGCGGCGUCCCCUACACCGCCGUCCUCGGCACCUGGUCCAUCGCCUUGCUCUCUUACCUCACCAUCAGCAGCGGCACCUCGACCGUCUUCACUUGGUUCAUGAACAUCAGCACCAUCUCCGGCUUCAUCGCCUGGAUCGUCGUCAUGAUCACCUACCUCCGCUUCCGCAAGGCCAUGAUCUACCACAACAUGAUGCACCGCCUGCCCUUCCGCACGGCCCUGCAGCCCUACUUCACCUGGUUCAUCCUCGGCCUCCUCGUCAUCCUCACCCUCACCAACGGCUUCCAGGUCUUCUUCCCCGGCCACUGGAGCGUCUCGGACUUCCUGGCCGCCUACAUCACCCUGCCCAUCUUCCUCGUGCUCUACGUCGGGCACAAAGUAUGGUUCCGCACGCCCUUGGCGCGCAGCAUCGCCGACGUGGACGUCACUACCGGCGUUGCCGAGAUGGAGGCCAUGGCGGAGCUCGACGAGGAGCCGAUCCCGAAGAACAUGCUGCAGAAGGUGUGGUUCUGGAUUGCGUAG